AUGGCGAGCACAAAGUUCAACUCCAAGUCGCCGACAAUGAGGCGCAUCAUGAAGGAAGCUGCCGAACUCAGCAACUCUCCCAGCCCAGACUACACAGCCACCCCGCUAGAGUCCGAUCUGUUUGAAUGGCACUUUACACUCCGGGGACCGCCCAAUUCAGCGUUUGCCGAGGGCAUCUACCAUGGGCGCAUCGUGCUACCGCCCACGUACCCCCUGCGCCCGCCGUCCUUCCGCUUCGCCACGCCCUCGGGCCGCUUCGAGGCCAACCGCGAAAUCUGCCUGAGCAUCUCGGGCCACCACGAGGAGACGUGGCAGCCGGCCUGGGGCGUGCGCACCGCCAUUGUCGCGCUGCGCGCCUUUAUGGAGACGGACGCCAGCGGCCAGAUUGGCGGGCUCAACAGCGGGCCCGAGGUCCGCAAGCGGCUGGCUGCCGAGUCCAAGGCCUGGACGUGUCCGGCGUGUGCGCGGUCCAAUGAGGAGAUCUUGCGAGAGGUGGCGGAGCGGUGUCGCGAGAUGGAUGAGGAGGCGGCGGCAGCGGCUGCUGCUAAUGCUGCGGACGGUGGGGUUGCAAGCAGUAGUGCGAGGAAGAGAGAGGAGGUUGAGAUUCCUGCCGAGCUAAAGAUGGGAUUCCGGGACGAGAUGGAGAAGAAGGCUGCCCAGGCCGCAAGUACAGGAGAAAGCGGAAAUACGAGGGAAGAAGACGCCGAGACGGCGCAAUUAGCCGAGGGUUUCGUACAGACUGCUCCUAUUCCGCCACUGCAGCAGCAACAACAACAACAACAAUUGCAGAGGGAAACACCACCAUCGGCACCCUCGAUACCGGCGCGGCCGGCACAGGGCGUACCGCAGCCGACGAGAACCGUUCCGCUACCCCCAGAUCCCGUGGGACAGGCCAUGGCGCACCGAGCCAGGGACUUUGACCAUGACGCUGGUGUGCCCGUAUGGAUAGACUAUGCCAUUGUCUCGCUUGUCGCUGUCUUGGUCGCCAUGCUCAUCAAGAUUCUGCUUGGCUACUGA